AUGUCUGCUUAGAUAGAUAAUCGCUACAUUGCUAAAUUCGAAGAAUUAGCACAAAUUAAAGAAAAGUUAGCCUAAACAUCAUAAAGAACUCGUAAUCAAUCUUCAGACAGAUAACAAACUAAUGGAAUCAAUAUACCUGAAGUUAAAAGUAGCAGAAAUAGUGAAAGAUAAUCUUAAUCUGUAGAAAAAUGUAUUAUGCUAUUCUUAUUUAAGUCUUGAAUCUCAGACAAUAAAACUAAAAUGUAGACAAUUUGAUAAAUACAUGGAAACAAUAAAAAACUCAUUCUAUUUCACUCAAUUAAGGAACAUUAACAGGAACUAUAAUACGUAAUUAAUAUUCUAAUAAUAGAGGAAUCUCCUGAACAUGAAAGUCCUCAAACGAAACCAGCCAUAUAUCCUCAUUUAAUUUUAGAAGAAGAUGAACAAUAAUAAUUUUAAGAAUCCAUCUCUCCAGGUCCAGCAAUCAAUUAGUAAAAAGGAAUUACAAAAGUUCCAAGUAAUACAAAAUCAUCUCUCAAAGAUUAAGGUAUUCUUUUAAUUUUUAUUAGUUUAGUGAAUAAUGAAAAAAAAAAAUCAGUAGUGUAUUCUAAGGAUGCCAAUUUAUUUUCUAAUACAAAUUAAUAAACAAAUUCUUAAUCAAAUCAAGCUGUUGCUCAAAAAAAGAACAAUGCAGUUGUUAGACCUUAAACUUCUAAAGUUUAACCUCAACCUACUCCUAAUCAAAUUGCAUAAAAAAAAGCAGUUUAAUCUAAAUAAAUUAAUAUGAAAAUGUCUCAAGAAUUUAUACCAGAGGGUUAUAAUAUCUAUUAUUUUAGUUCCUUAAACUCCAUCAUAAUAAAAAAUGAAAUAAAGUUCUUUAUUGGAAAAAACAAGAUAAGUUAAAAUGAAUCAAACAAAUAACAAAGCAUAAACUAAAUAAAAUCAAAUCAGUUCAGGCGAGGAAAAAAUAUUAAUUUCAUAAAUUUAAAAACUUAGAGAAACCAUUUUAAAAAUAUAUGAACAAAAAUUCGAUAAUUAAUUGUCACACUCUUCAACUAAUAUAGCCAAGUACUAUAAUUAUUUAUCAUAUUUUUAGAAAUUUUGAUUUAAUUGUAAAUACAAUGAAACUCGAUUUUCGUUGCUUAGAAAAUGAUUGA